CUGUCGUCUAUGUGCAGCCUUUUCUCCUCCAGCAGAGAGAGAGAGCGGCCUCUCUCGUCCCAGCCUCUGCCCUGUCAUCCUCACCCUUCUCCUCCCUCCCUCCAGAGAGGGGAGCACCACGCCCUGUCAGCCAAUCAGAGCUCGACUCCACCUUCUCCAUCACAUCAUCUCAGUUUCCAGGUGGGACUGCUACAGCAUCACAGGCACCUCCCUCCCCCUCUCUUUCUCUCCCCCUCCCUCACCCACCUCCCUUCUCUCUGCAACAUCCAACAGAAGAGAGGAAGAGAAGGAAAUGAGAAGUGGAGGAGAGAGUUCACUCCAAUGACGCUCGCCCGCCCACAUUAGGACUCCCGCACACCCACCUCUCGUCGCCUCUCGCAUCAUGAGCGUCGUGGCUCUCUCACCCAUGGCUCCCGAGCCACCGUCCCCCAUGCUCACCUCCGUCACGCCCGUCACGCCGACCCUGGAGUUAACCGGCACCUCCGUAAGCCCCGCCCCUCACAGCCAGGAUCUGGAUCAUCGUCAAUCCCAGGAUGGAGCCUCCUCACCGGGCUCCAGCACAGGCUUCAUCCCUGGAGCCGGAGAUUCCACCAGGAGGUCAAAGAAACCUCCACCCCUCCACACGGGCGCUGACUGGAAGGUCGUCCUCCACCUGCCCGAGAUAGAGACGUGGCUGCGGGUGACCAGCGACCGAGUCACGCAGCUCACGCACUCUGUGGGACAAGAUGGGGACAACAGACACGUGGACGUCCACCUGGUGCAGCUCAAGGACAUCUGUGAGGACAUCUCAGACCAUGUGGAGCAGAUCCAUGCUCUACUGGAGACGGAGUUCUCCCUGAAACUCUUGUCCUACUCUGUCAACAUUAUCGUCGACAUCAGGACGGUGCAGCUGCUCUGGCACCAGCUCAGAGUCUCCGUCCUCGUCCUGAAGGAGCGUCUGCUGCAGGGUCUGCAGGACUCCAACGGAAACUUCACCAGGCAGACGGACAUCCUGCAGGCCUUCAGCCAGGACCAGCACCAGACCCGUCUUGACGCUCUGACGGAGGUGGACGACUGUGGUCAGCUGACCAUCCGCUGCAGUCAGGACUACUUCUCUUUAGACUGCGGCAUCACUGCCUUUGAGCUGAGCGACUACAGUCCAGGCGACGAACCAGAGGCGCGGGGAGUAGAGCCCGGCGACUGCGACGCUUCCCAGGAGGAGGAGCCCGAUCAUACCGAAGAUUCCCACCCUGAACCCGAAGACCACUCCCCCUCCAACCAGGACCUUCAUAGCAGUUUACCUGAACUCCCCACACCCAGUGACGAUCUCACAAACCACAACCAUUCUCCGCCGCUGUUGCCCACAAUGCAGUGCGGUGCGCCCGGCCACAGUGAAGGCGCAAAGCGGCCGCUGUACGGCGUGAGCCACAGCACCGAGGUGUCGCCCACGCAGCCGUCGCUCCCCAAAAGAGCCGCGCCGUACUCCGCCGACGGAAGAACCAGGAGGGAGGAGUCGCAGGGAGGUUUGAGGAGAGUCAACCCGCUCUGUGGACUCCAGGUCCAGGCUGAGCUCAGCCGGAGCUCCCCCUCUCUCGUGGAUCCUCCGGAUCGCUCCAAGUUUUGGUUGGAGCUGGAAUCAGUUUAUCCAGAGAAUGUGUCGCAAUCCUACGAAAGUCUGCAGGUCAUGAACGGGCGAAACCUGCAGAGAAACCAUGUGACCUCCAGACCCGGCAUACACUCAGAGGGGCGUGUGCAGCGAGCGCCGGACGACCAGAGGGGCUCGUCUGCGGCCACGCCAACCACCACGGCUGCCGUCGCUGCGGCGUCUCAGGAUGGAACAUCACAACAAAUGGAGAGGACGCAGGAGGAGACACACGCUCACAGCGAGGGGGAGUCCGACUCCUCGUUGCCCUCCCCCAUGAGGGAGCAGCUCUUCUCCUCAGAUCUGGAGGCGUCCGGAGAGGAGUCGGACCCCCGACCACCGCCCGGCAAGGCGGCGGUUUGGAUCGUGAAGCGUCAGGAGCAGAAGCAGGGGGCCCCGGUUUCACAAAGAGCCAGUCCAGACCGGGAACACUGGUACGGGUCGGAGGAGUUCCUGGCUCUUCCCGCUCAGCUGCGUAAGACGGAGAUGCUCGCCAUGAAGCUGGAGAGUCUGGCUCAGUCCCUCCCGCUGAGACCCGGAGACUCAGACCCGGAAGCUCUGCAGGACGUGGACGACUGGGAUUUGACGGAGCUCAACCCGGACUGGGACGUCGGGGACAGCGUGAGCUGCGUCGCAGAGAGUGGGGACGAUAAUUCUUCUCCUCUGCCUCCACUGCUUCCUUACAGAAGACACCUGGUCAGCCGGUUUAGCCCCACCUCCUCCAGUGACAUCGCGCCCUCGGUCGGGGAAAGCAUCGAGUCCGGCCCGCUAAGUGAUCUGCAGUCUGAAGAGGAUGAGGGCCGGGAGUCUGCGGAGCGCCACCUGCAGGUGAAUAGACGUGGACGUGUGUCACUGGUGCAGGAGCUGCUGCAGGACAUUCAGAGUCAGGACAAAGACCCUGACAUCUGGAGGAAGAUUGAGUGUUUCGUGCAGCAGUUGGACGGCUUCAUCUCGUGGCUGCAGGAGGCGCUGGACAGCACGGAGAACUGGACGCAGCCCAGACAGGAGCUGGACAGCCUGAGGGUUUACCUGGACACACACCUGAGUUUCAAGCUGAACGUGGACGGUCACAGCGCUCUGAAGGAGAACAUCGUGGAGGAAGGACGAGCGCUGCUCACCGUCAUCACCUGCCACCAGUCAGGUCUGAAGGAAAUCCUCCAGAUGGUUUCCAGUCAGUGGGAUCAGCUUCAGCGGCAGAUCCGGCGCCAACAUGGCUGGAUGCUCCGCGCCCUCCGCUGCAUUCAGUCACGCCUCCUCUACACCGGCCAAUCACAGGAGCUCUUUGUGGCACCCGCCGAGCCGCCGGCCGCUCGGCAGCCUCCGUGCACCGCGGACGACCUCAAGGCCGAGUUGAUGUCCAGUCAGCGUGAAGCCCAGAGAGCCGCGCUGGAGCAGAUGGUCGUCAAACUGAGCACGCUGCGCUACCCGUCAGCCACCAGCAGGAGGCAGUACAGCCAGCUGCCCAGGAACAACAACAGUCUGCAGGACUUUGAGGUCGAGUACCAGGAGCUCUGGGAUUGGCUGAUGGACAUGGACGCCAUGGUGGUGGACAGUCACCAGCUGAUGAUGUCAGAGGAGCAGAGACAUCACCUGUUCAAGAGCAGCCACACUGAGCUGAUGAUGAUGGAGAGUAAGAAGACCAGUCUGCUGGGCCGAGCCGAGUCCCUGAAGAGGAGCGGAGCCGAGCUGCCGGGAAACUUCCACUGCAACAUACACAACCUGACACACACGUGGAACCAGCUGCAGAAAAUCCUCUCUGAGCAUCCAGAACCCGCCUCCCUGCAGCAGAACUGCUCAACGAACGUGAACGCUCUGCUGGUCAGCGGCCGUGACGCCGCCGCCGCCGCCGCUGCCGCCGCAGAGAACCGGCGCUCGGCUCUCUCUCCGCUCACCAACUCUCUCCUGGAGCAGCUGGAGACGAGGAUCAAGGAGCUGAAGGCGUGGCUGCGAGACACCGAGCUCCUCAUCUUCAACUCCUGCCUCAGGAACGACAAGGACGCCAACGACCAGCUGCACAGCUUCAAGUCUCUGUGUGCAGAGGUGCGAGCUCGACGUCGAGGAGUUUCCUCCGUCCUGAAGCUCUGCCAGAAGCUGCUGCAGCAAAGCCAGUCGGGCCCCAUGGCGGAGGUGGGCCCUGAGGCGGAGCAGCACCGGGAGGCCCUGCAGCUGCUGUCAAUCAACCUGGAGCGGAGGUGGGAGGCGAUCGUGAUGCAGGCGCUGCAGUGGCAGAACCGACUGAAGAGGGAGCUGGGAGAGCAGCAGGUUCCCGGGAACUUUCUUGAACCAGGUCUCGUGGACCUCCACCACAUCAGCCCAGUCCCAGCCGGUCCCGUGGCACCGGCGCUGGACGACUCCUGGGAAUGGGACGAAACCGAUAUGACUAUCACUGAGGCGGAGCCACAAGAAGUCCCAGAACCUGACCUCCCCACAGAACCAGGUCUGCCUCCGGUCAGCGUCACAUCCAACCAGAACCAACCGGACCGGAGUGGAACCAGUGGUGCCAGUCCAAGAGGGUCUUCAACAGAAACUGUUGUCCCAAACAACAAUCACAUCUACCAGGUUUACAGCCUUCAUCGUGUGGAGUUGUACCAUCAACCGCAGUUUCCUCUCUCUUCUUCUUCUCUGCACAAAACCAAACCAGGAAAACAGAAACAGCGCCUCCUGCUGAAGAGUCUGAGCAAAGACUCCUCCUUCUCCUCCAUCGAAUCGCUCCCAGACCUCCUGGGAGGUUUGACGUCCAACGCUCGAGGAGGAGACGAGACGUUUGGACAUGUGGGCGGAGAGAGCGAGAGGGGAGGCGGCAGGGGGAGUGGCCAGUCUGCGGCCAGCCGCCGCUCUGAGUGCGAGAGCGGGAUCGUGAGCGACACGGAGACGCCGGCGACGACCUCCGAACUCCACGGAAAGGAAAAGGACGAGGACUGUGUGAGGAGCGAGGAGGACAAGAAGGAGAGAGGAUGGAGGAGGGACGAAAACAGGAGGAACAGAGAGGAGGAGAAGAGGAGGAGGCACAGGAGAGGAGGAGGAGGAGAGGCCGUGGAGCUACUCAUCGACGGGCGUGGCAUCCUGACGCCGGCCGACUCUGACUCUGACUUUGAGGUGGGAGGAGAUUGUGUCGGUUCCUCUGAGGUGUUUGUGUCUCGCGGUGACAUCACAGGAGGACAGGACAGUCUGGAGACUCCGGCUCCGAGCCGCCGAGCGUCCACUCCGGGUUUGUCGCAGAGUUCGUCUCUGGAGUCUCUGCUGGCGCCCGGCGUGGAGCUGUUUCCCUCCAAAGACGUCGUGUUGCAGCGCAGCGCGUCACUGGAGAGCUGCCUGGCUCCGUGUCGCAGCAGCAUAUCCAGCCUUGCCGAGCUGGACGCCGCGCAGGGCGGAGCUGAACAGGCGAAGAAGGAGGAGAUCGCAGAAAAUGUUCCCUGUGAAGCGUCGUCCGGGGAACUUAGUCGCAGGACUCUGGAUCUUCUCAAACGUCUGGAGAACAUCCAGAGUCCUCUGACACCACUGAUGACCCGCAGCGUUUCUGACAUGACGCUUCGCAGCAGCUCGCCGCAGCACGGCCGCCCAAUCCCCGCCUCUACGUCGCUCGGCGGGCGUCACGCGCCGCUUUACGGGAUUUCAGGAUGUUCGCGGAGAGGCCCGCCAUCGCUGAUCAACGAGAGCUCGGCGACGGCGUCGCUCACGGAGCUGAGCAGCACUGAGGACUCGUCUCUGGCCUCCGAGGAUUUGGCCGGAUGUCGUCAGCUCCUGGACGCCGCCGCGCCGGCCAACGCAAACUCAGGCUGUUACGGGAAACGUUGUCAUGGAAACAGCCAAGCAGGUCACGGGAUGGAGGAAGCCGACGCGGCGAGCCUGAGCAUGGUGGUGAACGUGUCGGCGUGCACGGACGAAGACGAGGACGACAGCGACCUCCUGUCGUCCUCCACGCUCACGCUCACUGAGGAGGAGCUCGGCAUUCGGGACGGAGAGGACGUCGAGGACCAGGAGAGGCUGAGCGGCGUCUCCUCGGGCGACGAGGACGAUGAGGACGAGAUGGAGGGCUCCUACGUGCUGGGACUGGAGGACAUUCGGAGUGAGCUGAAGAGCUGGAUCCGAACUCCUCGCACCUCCUCUAAAACUGAGUUGGGUCUGCGCGACGAGCUCCAGUGUGGAACCCACCUGACCUCCACCUUCACCUGCUGCUCCGGGAACAAGCAGCACAACUGUUUCCUCAACCGCUCCCCCAAAGAGAGGGAGAGCAAAAAAACAAAGAGAGGAGGUGAAGGAGAGGAGGAGGAGAACAAGAGGAACAGACGCUACAUGAGCCAGUUUGUGGACGACGUGGAGAACGGGAACGUGGACCAGAUCUGUCUGAGAGGGAAAGACGAGGACGACGAGCUCCUCCGAGAAGAGUCCAGCGUGUUCACCAAGAAAGGAGAGUCGCAGAGGGAAUCGUACGUGUUUGCUAAGAGAGGAGAUUCAGGUCAGGAGGUGAGAGGAGGUGAGGCUUUGAAACCAGAGCCAAACUCGGCCAAGCAGCUUCCGUCCUCCCCGACCAGGGAGGUCUUCCCUUUUCCACCCACACGUGCUUCUUCUUUGGUGGGACAGCUGCAGGGAGAGCUGCCCUGCCACAGCUCCGCCCUCCCCUCACCCCCCUCCCUCUCACCCGUCGACGACUGCAGACCCCGCGAUGCCUUGCACAACGGCAGGUCGGAGGGCGGCGGGAGGAAGGCCAUCACCAUUCAGGAGAAAUUCAAGUUCUCAUCGUUUGUGACGGAGGAGACAAAGAGGGAGGUCCGAGACAAAGAAACGUCCCCGCGUCCUAAGAAACAGAGAGGCUGUCACGCCUCCUGCCCCGCCCACCUCCACUCCUCCUCCUCCUCCCAUCAUCCACGCAGCACAGACGAGAGCAAAGAGGAGAGCGUUCACGACUUUGUGAUGGAGAUCAUCGACAUGACGUCGCUGGUGCUGAAGAGCAAAGAGAGUCCGGCUGAAGACAGAAACCGGGCUGAGAGCGGCGGCUCCGACCCGGACCACGGCCCGGCAUCACUCGCUCACAUCAGAGACAAGGUGUUGGAACACUCCCACCGCCCUCUUCACCUCCGUAAAGGAGACUUCUACUCGUACCUGUCCCUCUCGUCCCACGACAGCGACUGUGGCGAGGUCAGCCAGUGCUCCGAGGACAAGAGCUCCACCCCGGCGCCGUACAGCAUCCCCGCGUACGCGUCGCCGACGCAGGGCCUGCACAGCCCCGCCUCCGAGAUGUUCACCAGCACCAGACAGAAGGUCGCCGCCUCCUCCUCUGAACGCUCCUCCCCUCGCCUCGAUUUCAGCGCAUCGACCAGCCCGUCACCGUCGCUCCCCCCGAGCCCCGACAUCCGGGACGAGGAGACGCUGUUCGCCGCCUGCACGGAGGAAGUCUACCUGGGCCCGCCCCUCUGCUACAGCAUGGCGCUCACCAGGAAACAGCGGACGCUCCUGCUGAAGGAGCCGCGUUCCAAACCAGGAGCGUCUCCUUCAGAGGAGUCUGUGCUGGACCAGGAGCUUCUGUAUUUCCAAGGGUCCAGUCCCACGCAGAACUCCUCGCCUCCUCUCCUGGAUCCUUGUCACGGCUCGUUUUCCUCCUCCUCCUCCUCCUCCUCCUCCCAGCAGACGUCCAGAAAGCCUCCUCCUCCUCCUCCUCCUGCAGGUGAGGACCUGCACCUUCUGUGUGAUGUCGCUGGAGGAGAAGUGGCAGCUGCAGCGAGUGUCAGUAAUGAGGGGCCUCCUUAUCUUAAUCCCCGGGCUCGUGUCUCCCCGGCAGACUCCCCUGCAGACCAGUGUUUGGCAGAUACUAAAACGCUUGAAUCCAAUAUGGACGCCGUAAUGACCGAGAUAAGUGUCCGCGGCUCCGCUACAAAUCCCUCAAAAGAGCCGACUGCCACGCGUAUUAAUCCCAAAAUUAACUGCUCGCCGAUGAGAGAGACAGAUACGGAGGAGAGGAGGAGAGGAGGAGGAGGAGGAGGAGAGGGGGACGCUCAGCAGGUGACGCAGGAAGAGAAGGGGAGGAGAGGGCGGAGCAACUCGCAGAGGGAAGUGAAGACGAUGACAGUGAAGCAGGUGAGCUCUCCGUCAGCUGUCAAUCAUGUCACCAGAGCAGCACAGGGGCGGGGCCAGACCUCAGCGAGACACACCCCCUCCAGGCCGGCACCGCUUAGAAGACUCCCUGUCCUCGGAGCAGGAGCCUCCAGGAUCCACCUGUAGGGGGAGCUCUCUGCUGAUCUGAUCUGUCCUGUGGGUUUCAUCUCUCCUCCUCCUCCUCCUCUUCCUCCUCCUGCUCUUCCUCUUCCUCUUCUGCUUCUGGAUCUCCUCCACGUUGUGACGUUGAACAGAAAAGAUGAUGAUUGUGAUUUGAAGAAAAAGUAAAGGUUUAAGUGUUAGCAACACAAAGACGUCAUUUAACUGAGAUUAUCUGCUGGAUUAUUAGAAAUCAAAGUGGAACAGAGCAGCACACACACACUGACUGAACUUUACUUUUUAACCUGUUGAACCACACACACAUUUAUGUCCUCGUCGUCCACACUAACAUGUUUGAUGUCCACGUGGCGUCCGCAAGAGACACAAGUGUGAGUGUGACCACGACGAUGAUGAUGUCACUUCCUGUAAAUACACAGGAAUUCUUUGCUGCGUUUUCUACGACGCAUCUCUGUUUGUUUCCACGUCAGACGAGAGAUCACGUGAGAUCACCUGAGGUCACAUGAGAUCACGUCAGGUCACAUGUGGUCAUGUGACCUGACGUGAUCGGCCAUUUUGUUCACAUCUGUGAAGAUUCUCCGCUCAUAUCUGUUAAAAAAACCGAAUUUUAAAACUCCUGUCGUCUAAGUUUGCAUUUUCACAUUUUAUUUGUUAAAUGAGACUGAGCAAAAAUAAAAUCAAGUAAAUAAUGGAGAUCGCUAACCCCUGACCUUUGACGAACCAAACAAAGCAAACGUAGACGCGGAUUUGUCGCAUGUGACGAGUAAGUGCAAACGUUCCUGUGACCAAAGUCACACGAUUGACGCAAGAAAACACAACCUACGAACUUUCACCUCUUCUAGAAAAUGUCCUUUUUUUUGGUAAAGAGAACGGAUUAGCUUUAACAACGUUGGAUUAUGGGAAUUUUUCCUCCUCAGAUUAAAAAAUAAAUAAAAUACAAGUGAUAAAAAAGUAAAAGCAUCAUUUUCAACUCAUCAUAAAUAAAACGUAAAACUAAAACAUUACCACAAUUAAAAGAACUUCCUAUUUGUCGCUUUAUUUAGUUUCUGUUAAUUAAUAAAGAUUUUUCUUUUAUUCAGGUUUUACGUGAAAGAUUAAUCGCAAGUUCCUUUAGCUAACGAUAGCGAUAACAAUCUGAAAUGUUCUCAGCUGAUUCGAACACUGUGUUCACGCCGGACGCGACGCAAGGUCACGUGAGGUUACGUGUCAUGAGAUCGGCCAUUUUGUUCACGUCUGUGAAAAUUCUCCUCUCAAAAAAAAAACAAAAUAUGAAUUUAAGUAAAGUACGCGCAACACGUUUACAUUCAGAGUCAACGCACAGGUACGAGACUCUCGACGGCCGGGCCGAGACGCACAUCAACAUCGCACAAAUCGCAUCUGGCCCAUGGGUUAGAAUAGAUCAUUCGACUUUUGCGAAAAAUCGCGAUGUCGUAGCGGCGGUUUCUUCUCUGCAGACGUUUCUACAACAGUUUUGGUUGAUGGUGAAAAGAAAUGACCGCUCACUCUGCUCUGAAUCUGCGGACCAUGAGGUGUCCACGUCAGGAGGGACACGGAGCUGAAGGUCGUACCAGCGCUCUGCCGCUGAUGGCGAUCUGUUUAAAAUACGCCCACUUGAGGCCAGAGCUCCAAUCGCGAUUGGCGCAGAGCUACGCGUCAAAUGUGAAUCCGCACCGACGUGGUACUUGCGACCGGACUCCGCGUGGGGAGAAAUCGCGUUGAAACACAGCACGAAACUUAAAAUGGAAGAAAAACGGCUGAAAUGUCGGAUAAAACUGCGCAGAAACAAACACGGACAAACCUCGAUGAACGGAAAACGAUUCAAAGAGUCUGGUUUGCUGUCGUUUAAAUCGUGAUGGUAAAAGAUGAUCGACGUGCGAGACGUCGCAUCUCCUCUUCUUUACUCAAUGAAACUGUAGAGUUAUGAUUUCAUCUAUGCAACACGACCAAAGUUAGUGAACGCUGACGACUGUCGGCGAGGACGCGUGUUGUUGUUGUUGUUGUUACAUAAAAAAAGACUUUACCGUUACUUUCUUCUUCUUUUGUCGACACUGAGGGUUAGAGGUCGGCGUUGAGACGCGUCGGCGUUGAGACGCGUCUGCGCGCGCGCGCGUGUGUGUGUGUGUGUGUGUGUGUAGAACAAAGUUAGGGUUUGAAAUCUUUACGAUAUUUAUAAUUGUGUGCCUUGCUCUUCUGUCGUUUACUUUUUGUUCAUGAAAAAAAACCCACGGCUUCUUGAGUUUGGCGAGGAUAAAAAUACAAAGACGCGGCGCGAGUUUGACGUUGACUUUGUGUAAAUAUGUAAAAGUGUAAAAGCAGACGAUGAUGGGAUGCUUGGUCUGUGUGUUUCUUUACGUUUGUGGCCUGUGAUGUGAAAUAUCUUUAUUAUUAGACAUAAAAGAGCUCGACUGCAUGGAUCUGUCAAACUACACCAAACCAACCGUCCACAAAUAAACUUAAUUUAUUGGAAAAACA